AUGCGUCAAGUCACAUCGGCAGACUACCUUUACCAGGACAUCCUUGAGGAUACAGUUCCUACUGACCCCCAGGUACGACAGGACUAUUGGUUCGACCGAUGCCAAAGCUCGCAUGAAGAGUCACAUCUGUUCGGGCUUUUCGUUGAGCUCUUACACUACAAUCAUUUCCGUAUCACGCGUGAAGUUCUUCACGCGUGGCGGUCGGAGCCAGGCGGAAAUGCAGAUUUAGUCACAAGGAUAGCCAAGAAAUUCGAGGAGUUGCCUAAAGACAACAGGGGAAGCUACUUCCCUUGGUUCUUGAGACACCGAAACCGCUUCGAGCUACCAGCUGGCCAUGAGUCUAUUCCCCAAGCACCAAGUCCUAUGAUGCAGGUACGAGACAUGCAGGCCAAAGCCCGGAAGUAUCUAGCCCCAGAGGACCAAAACAAAGACUUCAUUGACUUGACUCCAUUUUCGAAGAUGCAUUGCUUUGCUUUCUACUCCAUGACCAUAGUCAACGGAUACCCACCCCCAAUGAACCGGGACGUCUGUCAUUGGUUUGACUUUGGGUUCGUCGUAUGCAAGGACCAGCACGAGGAAGACACACUAGGUAGAAUGUACAACACCAUGCUAUUCGGAUCGACAUCACAACUGGAAUACGCAGAGAGCCUCGAGUCCAAGACCUUAGCGGAAUUCGUAAAGAGAAGAGAUCCUGUCUGUACCUUUAAUGAAUUUUGGAAGGCGUGGGAAAGAGGAAAGCUGAUGACCAUCUUCAACAAGUGUUGGCCAGAGCUCACAGCCGAAAAUACAUAUAUGACCGUUGAAUACUGUCUCCUUGAUCGUCUGCGCAUAUUUAUCGAGGCAGAGACUCCUCGACCGUCCAUUUGGAAGUUGCGUCACUUUCUUGUUAUGGAAGAUGUUUCUGUAGAGUCUGCUGUGCCCGAAAUCGCUUGGGCAGCUCGAGAUUACGGAUUUUCCGAAAUUUUGGACACGAGAACGACUCUGGAGCUGAGGAUGUUCUAUUCGCAGCUUUUGAAGACGGCAGAGCCAAUGGAAACUCACUGUGAGAGAAUGAAAGGCAAUUUGCUGCAAUUUGCAGACCGGCAUGUUGAUGGCAUGACCUUGAGAGUAAAGAAACCACUUCAGGGUCUUUCGUUUGUUACAUCAAAAGUCCUAUAG